GAUACCGUUUAGAUGGAAAUGGCAUUAGGUACGUAGCUAAUUUAAUAGCAGCUGACGUGGAGCCUGCAACCAACCGUAACCACGCACUUGACGAGAUACAAAAGACGCUGAUCACAUUAAGGUACUUUGCAACGGGAAAGUUUCAGUUGUGUAAUGCAGAUGAUCAAGGUGUCACCCAGCCCACCAUUUCCAGAGUUGUAAAUCAGUGUAUCACCAGUUUGUCAUCUGAAAGGAUUGUUAAACAGUUUGUCCGCUUCCCCCUGCAACUCGGGGACAUUAGGCGUCACCAAACAAACUUUUAUCAUAUUGCGAACUUUCCCGGAGUUGUCGGGGUGAUCGAUGGAACCCACGUACAAAUCCAGGCACCAACAGUAAACGAAAAUGAAUUCGUAAACCGACAUCACUAUCACAGCAUAAAUACGCAGAUCGCUUUUGACAGCGACGACAGAGUCAUUGACGUUGUUGCUCGGUGGCCGGGAUCGACACACGAUUCACGCAUGUUGACAAACAGCGGGCUCUACCAGCUUUUCGAGCGCAAUGUUCUCCCCAUCGGAUGUCACCUCCUCGGUGACAGUGGUUAUCCCUGCAAGAAGUGGCUGCUUACCCCUUUCCUAAGACCAUUGCCGGGACCACAAACAAACUACAACAGGUCACACAAAAGAACCAGGAGCAUAGUAGAAAGGGCCAUCGGUCAACUGAAACGCAGAUUUCCUGUUCUCCAUGGGGAAAUCAGGUUAAAACCUGAGAAGGCUUGUAAGGUGAUAAUAGCAUGUGCUGUCCUACACAACAUAUGCAAGGACAGACAUAUCCCAGUUCCACCCACUGAUGGGCAUGAUGGACUUGGCAGGCUUGAUGGGCAGAAUGGAGCUCAAGCAGUGACUGCUCCACCAGUAGCUGCACUCAGAUACCGGGAGCACUUUGCCAAUACCAACUUUCCAUGUAAGAUUAUUUUAUUUUAAUUUUCAACAUUUCCUCAUAAUAAAUCCAAUUUGUAUCAGCAGUACAUUCUUUGCAAAGUAUCUUUAGUUUUUAAUCAUCUUAAUUAUCCCUCACCCUCUUAAAUAUGCAAUAUUCUAAAUGCAAUGUA